AUGACGGCCGGCGAGCAGUCGUCGCUCGAGUCGUACUCGCGCUUUGAGUGCUCGACCGACACGGGCCUCGUGCCCGGCGACCGCAUCGAGCACGCGACGAUCCAGCAAGGCUUGCGCCGCCAAGGCAACUUGCUCGGCGAGUGGAUCCAGAACCACCCGGACCUCAAGGCCCAAAACCCCAUGAUCUAUGUCGUCAACCGCAAUGCGCUCCAGGACGAGUGGCACUACAACUGGAAGGGCAGCGCGAGCAAGAUCCUGCGCCAGACGUCGCAUGUCCUCAAGUCGUACAUUUUCCAGAACGUCCAAGACUCGAUCUCGCAGCGCUACUUGGUCGUGGUCGGCUGUGCCAUCUCGACGCCGUUCACGCUCGCUCGUUUCGCCGCUCCGGAAGCCAUCGCGCAGCCCGAGAUGCGAGUGCUCUCGUCGGGCAGCAUUGAAAACUGCCACAUUGUCGCGUGCGAGUGCAAGGUGGAGCCCAUGUUCAAGGACAAGUACAUUCGCUGCAACAAGACCAACGGGCGCAAGGAGCUGCGCUGCUUCCCGCACUGCUGCCCGCGCCACACGCCCCACAGUAGCUGCGGCGGCAAGAUCGUCGUCCACUGCGACCUCUCGAUGCGCAACCAGCUGCCCGUGCACUAUUUCGCGGCGUACGGUCGGUUUGAAGUCGUGGGCGAGCAGACGUUUGAGCUCGGCCACAUUGUCUCGAUGCAGGCGCUCGAAGAUGGCGUGCCGAAAACGCACAACUCGCUCGGCGACUGGUUCCUCGGUUCGCGGUCUCCGUCGCGCGUGUGCUACCCGACCUUUGUCGAGUUUACGUUCAACGACGCGGCCAAGCACUACUGGCCGUACAACUGGCACGGGUCGGCGGCCAAGGAAAAGCGCAAGCUGCGCCACCUCUUUGUCGUGUACCUCUUUGAGAAGCGGCUCCGCGAGGAAAGCGUCGAGAUGCCGAUCGACCUCAAGGUGAUUGCGCUCGUGCAGUCGCCGAGCUUCCACUUGAUCAGCUACCGCUGCAACAACUACCAGAGCGUCGGCGCCGGCUCCAAGAACAACCCGAAGCUGCCGCACAUGCCCCUCGACGACGACGACGCGCGCGCCAAGCGCUUCCGCUUCAACGAACAGCAAGGCCCCACGUGCUAG